AUGUACUCCGCACAACCAACAGGCGCCGACGGUGCGACAAUCAAUCCCGCUGCUCUCAACUCUGACCUCGCUAUCGCGCCUCUGCGGGGUGUCAAGCGCAAUCGGUCCCCGGAUCCCCUCGACUCUUACCGGCCUGGCGAUGACGGCGAUCGCCAAUUUCAACCCAAACGAUCAAGACCAAUGAAGGCCCGAGCGACAGGCAGCAUCUCUGAAGGCCCCGGGCAAGCGCCUGGCGGACCUGUGCCUCAGGCCAUUCCGCCGCCGCAGACGCCGCAGUCUCAGAAUCCUGCCAUGCCCACUCAGGCUGCGCCAGCCUACCCGGCCCCCCAGGCGCAAAUGCCUCCCAAGACGACGCCGACAAAGACGACUCUCAAGGCUCUGCCCACGGUGCGAGACCAUACCACUGAUCAGCUCAAUGCGACAGGCGAUGAGUACAUUCCGCGCGAGACUGACGAAUUCGGCGAGAAGAAGGUGAUGCCCAACGGUGCGCUUCUUGGCAACCGCCAAUAUCGAUGCCGCACGUUCCUGGUCCCAAACCGCGGAGACAAACUGUUCAUGUUGGCUACCGAGUGCGCGCGAGUACUGGGAUACCGGGACUCGUACCUCCUGUUUAACAAGAACAGGUCGCUGUACAAGAUAAUCGCAAGCCAGGCCGAAAAGGACGACCUUGUCCAGCAGGAAAUCCUGCCCUUCUCGUAUCGGUCGAGACAGAUUGCCAUUGUUACUGCCCGCUCCAUGUUCCGACAGUUUGGAAGCCGCGUCAUCGAAAACGGUCGCCGCGUCCGAGACGAUUACUGGGAGACCAAGGCCCGCAAGCAGGGCUUCACCGAAGCUGAUCCCGCCGGGGAGAAGCGACCCGGAGCAGCCAAGGCCAGAGAGGCUGCGGAAGCAGCAGCGCAGAACAACGUUUUGAUGGGCAACCCACACACCGAGAUUGUGUAUAACAACACGCCUGGGCCAUACCCUGGUGCGCCUCAGACUCAUCUCGUUCCAGGUAUGAUAGGAGCACCUGGAAGCGCCACAAGAAUGCCGGCAUUAACUAUUGGACCAGACCUCAGUGACAACAGAUCUCGGGACUACGGCGGCAUCGUCAAGGGCGGCCCUCGACAGGAGAUUACCGGACCCCCAUACCAAGACCAGACCAGGCCUUCUCCCCUGAUGGAAAUCCACUCGCAGGCCAAUCACGCAGCCGACUACAAUCGAUCCGUCAACCAGCAACGCGACAUGCGUGACAACUACCUUCAGCGGAUAUGGCGUCAGCCCCACGAGCAGCCCGCUCAACCCGCUCUCCCUCAGCAACCUGUUGCUGCGUCUGCCGACGCAUCCAUUCCCACCAGUCGGCCGUCGAAUUCUCCUCACACCACUGCCGCUGGCAUAGCUCAGCCCGGUGUUGUAUCAUCGCAGAGCCCGCAGAUGAUGAUGACGGCAGCCCCUUACUCGCAGUCCAUCAAUGCACAGAGUGCGCUCGGUCAAGCUCCCAUUAGAGGUUCUACUGGUGCAAUGAAUCCCUCAACCGCUGGCUACAGCUACCAACAACCAAGCCAAGCCAUGUGGUCCCAGAGCCCCCCGACGGCACAAACCAGCUACAGCAGCUAUACGACGCAGCCCCAACCCCAGCAUCCUUCCCAGUCUCCGGCCUCGCACCUUCGCCAAACUGGGGCUGGCCAGAUGCAACCCGGCAUGCAAUUCUCAGGCAUGGGAAGCAUGCAGUACAGCGCAGGCCAAGGCAUGUAUACCGCUGACCAGACUCCGCGUCAAUACCUGCCCCAAACUACGCCAAGUGCGCAGUCGGCCUCGCAACAGGCAUGGUCAGGCCAACACUCACAGCCCCAACAGUGGUGGACACAGCAGCAACAAUAAAAAAACGCUGCUCGUGUAGCCAUUGUAAAGCGGCCCUCUUUCAACUUGCUCACGUUGUGGUCAUUAAGAUAUGAAAUGUUACUGCGUUGCUUGUUCUUGCUGCUUGCUGCUGCUGUCUUUUAUGCGCCUUCUAGUUCGAAGAACUGGCUGGUUCUUUUGGCUUUUUUUCUUUCUUUUUUUUUAUCAUCAUCUUCUGGGACCGAGCUCCUGCAGUAUUCCGGAUACCCCAAGCAUACAGGUUGGUUGGAGCGGCUUUUUGCUUUUCUUGGGUCAGCGGCUCGUUUUAUUUGGAAACGAUGUACAGCAUCUGAUCUAGGCAAGGAUAAAGGAGUCGGGAGGGAGAUCGGUAGGGAUGUACUUUUUCUUCUUGUUCUCUUUGGUUCCCUUUCUUUCUUUCCCCCCUUUUCUUUCGCUUACGAUUUUCGCCAUCUUCUUCUUGUUUGGCUAGAGGUUUUACAAGAAAUCUCUUCGCCAUUUGCUUCAUUUGGCUAUGAUUGUCGAAUGGCUCUUUCUGUCUCCUUGUUCAUGUUUCUUCUUUACUUAACGGCCGAUUUGUUAUUUUCCUUUGAGUGUCCAGGAUAUGUUAUCCGGGCGAGGAUUUCAUAUGUAUGUGUGCGAUUGUUUAUGGUAUUCACGAAAGGGGAGAGAACUCCUUACUUUGGCAUCUCCUCAGGGCUAAUUCUCAUGUUUUGGCGGGGCAUGUUUUUGCGUUGUUGAUGUUGAUACCACUCGGUUUGAUUAAGUCGUCGAACGCAAUUAUGAGAGAGAAAUUGAGAAUUUUCUAUUUUUUUGGUUGGACUCUGAACAUUUUCCAAUGCUGAAUGUUUUCCUCGAGUGUUUUUGUCUACUGUUGCUCCAAUCGCCUAAGAGCAACAAGGAAAUUUUACUGUGUUGUGGUUCGUAUUUGUAUGAAUGGCCGAUUUGUCGGUAUGUCUUGUGCUAUGUGGAAUGUUAUUCAUUGUAUCUUCUGACUAUGGGAUAUAUCUGUCUAUCCGAUUGAUUGAUUGUUGCCCCCCUUUUUUUUUGGAUUGUCUUUGACGGAUGGCUAGCGAAAUGAUAGUGAAGGCCAGCAUCACUGGUAAGAGUAGGAAAGGGAGAAGGGCAGUCUACACACGAAUGAAACUAUUCCUGUUCUUUUUUCCUUAGUAUGGAAAUUGGUAGUCUUUUUUUUCUUCUUCCUAUUUCCUCUGCUUUUUUGAUUCUUGCAUCUUUUCUAGUUUCCAAGUUUGGUCUGAUCCACACUCUGGAAGAAAGCAAAAGGGAAACUGGUUACUAAAUAGGGGUUUAAGGGAAGAAGAGAUGGGCAUAUUGUGACGACAAAGGUUUGUUUUCUCUCUUGUAUGUCAUUUGCGAUUUAGGCUUUUUCUAUGUGUAUGUUUUCUGUAACUUUCUCUCUUGGGAGGAAGAGUAUUCUGAUGCUUGUGGUUUUACUUUUUUUUUUCUUAUAAGUUUUAUACAAGUCUUCUUCAAUUUAUAAACUUUGAAUCCAUUCUUAUGCGAAUUGAAUGCGAUUUCGCUUGACUUAUUUGUGAGAGAGGAAUGGAUUACUGGCUUCUACGAUGUAUGUCGUUUACCAUGUCUUCGGAUCAAAGCAUCAGGUUUAUUGAACACUGGACAUUGGAAACAAACAGAAAUUCUCUUCUAAACUCCUUUCUUCGCUCAAAUACAAAAAAAAAAUAUCAUUUAAUCACUGUCAUCUCCCUCCAAGGCCUCAUCCUCCGCAUCAUCUCUACUCCUCCUCUCUUCCAGCGCAUCCUGCGUCUCAUCACCACUGACCUCACGCUCCUCAUCUUCGUCUUCAUCACCAGCCUCG